UAGGAUAGUCAAAAUAUGUUGAUGUUGAUAUUUACAAAAUAAUAAAAAUGUUAUGUUGUGUGUGCUUAUUGGAAAGUCCUCAAAUCAUGGACAUUUUUGAUGAUUUGGGGUUAACAUUGCGUAUGGCCGAAAUAGUAUAUAAACAUUUGUGGUUUAAGCCUCUACUAAAUGAUGCUUUUACUUCACAUAUCUGCACUGAAUGUUGGCAUAAAAUCGAUGACUUUCAUCAAUUUUAUUUGACUGUGGAGAAGGUGCACAGGGAUUUUAAAGAGAAAAAAUCUGCUAUUAAGGAAGAACACCUAUCAUGCUCCACCAGUCACAUAAAGCAAGAACACGAUGAAGAUGUUUGUGAGGAUAAUCUGAUGCAAAUCGAAAUUGAAAUAGAUGAUAGUAAGAUUACUUCAAAUGACGGGUUCACAGUCGAUUCAAAAAAUCCCUUAGAUGAUGAUGGUGAAAGUGAAAAAGAUUUUAAAUCAGACAAAGAUGAUGGUGAUACGGAAGAGUAUGAACCAUCUGAAAGAAGUGAUCAGGAUUAUGAGGCUGAAGAGGAGACAACUAUAUUUAAUAAAACUGAAAGUACAAAAGGUAAAAUCACAAACAAGAGGAAGAAAACUAAAGGAGUCACAGGCACUAAAGCAAGAACUAAUGUUGUUGAUACAUCAAAGAAAAAAAGAACAUCUCAUCGUUUGGAUCCCAUACUUACGGAUGAGAUAAUUAAAAAACACAUACAAAUGGCUUGUAAUUUAUGUGUGUACGUUGGAAAAACAUUUCCCGACAUUGUCGAACACUUUAAGGUCCAUCAUGAAAACGUUAAACCAUACAUAAUGUGCUGUGACAAAAAGUUUACACGAAGUUAUUGCAUAGCUCAACACGCAUAUAUCCAUGAGAACCCAAAUUCAUUUAGCUGUACACAGUGUAAUAAAUCAUUUACUACAAGUUAUGGUCUACGAAUACACAAUAUUUCCUAUCACGCCUCUGAGGAGGAACGAACACAUGCCUGUGAACAAUGUCCGCGUAAAUUUGGAAGACGCAAUUUACUCGAAUUGCAUAAACAAACUCAUAUACCAAAAGAACAAUGGACUAUUGUUUGCACCAAAUGUACAACACGCACGGCGAAAUUUGCAACUCAAUAUAUGCUGAAUAUACAUACUAGUAUGUACCAUAGACGUGAAAUAAAUAUUUGUCAAGUAUGCGCCAAAGAAAUUAAAGAUAAAAAAUCAUUUGAAAAACAUGUACGUUCCCAUUUCGAAGACAGUGGACCUCGUCUAAAAUGUCCCAUUGAAAACUGUGAGAGUUGGCUUAAGGACGAGGAUAAUUUAAAAACUCACAUUCAAAGAUACCAUCUCGAUGAUAAAACGUAUAAGUGUCCUGAUUGCGAUAAGGUGUGCCCCAAUCGAAGAUCAUUGUCGAGUCACAAGCACUACUUUCAUUCAAAGGAAGUUUUUCGCUGUGAACAAUGUGAUAAAACUUUUAAGAAAGCUUUAACUUUAAAGGAACAUAUGACUCAACAUACCGGAGAGACUUUAUAUAACUGUCCCUUUUGCACUAGGACGUUUAAUUCAAAUGCAAAUAUGCAUGCUCAUAAAAAGAAACAGCAUCCUAUAGAAUGGGAGGAAUUAAGGAGAAAAAAACUAGGCCCAUUGCCUAACUAAUAUACCAAUUGCUCUUAAUAAGUAUAGUUUCGUUUUAGUUAAGACUUAUUUUUAAUUUUGUAAAAAUUUAAUAAAGUAAAAAAAAAAAUUAUCUUAAAAA